AUGAUACCGGAGCGGACACGGCGAAGCUCAUGCAUGUGGGCGCCGGACAUCGAGAUGCCAGAGAUUAGUUCGCGCAACCGGCUGGAGGAGUCCAAGAUGGACGCAGAUGGACCUGAUAUACCUCUAGGUACAGGCCUCGCGAGAAACCCAGAAGACACCGAGGUGACCGUCAUUGUCAACCUUGAUGAGAUCAAAGGGGGUCUCUGGAGGUUUGAUGUGAAAGAUGUGAGCAGUGAUGGUUGCCUGUCGAGAGACAAGGAGGGAACAGAGAAGGCAGAGUCGAGUCUCAACCUCCAUGGGGUUGCGCAUGGCGCCAACGUCUUACCCUGGCACUCGCAGAACGCCGUCAUGAGCGCGGAGGAAAAGGGAGCUGACCAGCUCAUGGGAUACUACCUGGAUAGAUCGGAAUGCUGCCUCGCCCACACGCAGAUGUACUUCUUCAUCGCCCUUCACCGACGCCACCCCAAAGUCCGCCACCUAUUCUCCUGGUGCUCUGGAGUGUCGUCCAUCUCUUCGCUAUCGAGCAUGUCCGAUGUGGCCGGUAGCCCCUAA